ACUGAAGCAAGCCCAAGACCAAACGGGCAAAGAGGUUUCUCGAGAAGAGAGAUCCCAAACUCAUUGAGAAUACCAAGAAAGCCAUGCUUAUAAAAGGAGGAAAUACCAGUGAAACUGUGACCCAGGCCCUGAAAGACAUUUAUUCUUUAAAGAAGCCAAAUGCUGUUCUAUAUAAGAAAAAAAAUAUUACUCGUCCGUUUGAAGAUCAGACAUCAUUGGAAUUCUUCUCAAAGAAGUCUGACUGUUCUUUGUUUAUGUUCGGUUCUCACAAUAAGAAACGACCACACAAUUUGAUAAUAGGCCGUAUGUUUGAUUACCAUGUUUUAGAUAUGAUCGAGCUUGGAAUUGAAAAGUUUCGUGGUUUGAAUGAUUUUAAGAAUAGCAAAUCGGCAGAGGGAUCCAAACCCAUGUUGAUAUUUGCAGGAGAUUUAUUUGAAUUGGAUAAUGAUCAUAAAAGACUGAAAAACCUCUUUAUUGAUUUCUUCCGAGGACCCACAGUGCCAAGCAUUCGUUUAGGAGGCCUGGAACUUGUUCUGCAUUUCACAGCUCUUGCAGGAAAGAUCUUCAUGCGAAGCUAUAAGGUGCUGCUGAAAAAGUCUGGUUGCAGAACACCCAGGAUAGAGCUGGAAGAAAUGGGACCUGCCUUUGAUUUUGUGCUAAGGAGAGCCCACCUGGCAUCUGACGACCUCUACAAAAAAUCCCUUCAACAACCAAAGGCCCUGAAGGCAAAGAAGAAGAAGAAUAUUUCACAGAAUGUGUUCGGAACAACGUAUGGCCGAAUCCACAUGGAGAAGCAAGACCUGAGCAAACUGCAGACCAGAAAAAUGAAAGGACUGAAGAGGAAGGGGGAGAAGAAGGUGGCAGAUGGUGAGGCAGAGAGCAGCCCCAAAAAUGCAAAAGUGGAGUGAGGGAGGCGGAGAAGUCAGGAUACUCUGCUACCUGUCUGGUGAUUGCAAGCAAUCUGAGUUUCACUUCCAGCAAGCACAACCCAAUAAAUGGUCACAUGUAUUUAUACAGACUUGCAGAUAUAGACUUGCUGAUGUAAACAUGUUUUUAUCUCUACAUCAAGAACUGGUGGUUUGUUGUAUUUCUUUUGGGGGAUAUCAAAUGUCAGCUUUCUUUUGGGUUUCCCUACCCUUGUUGUUUGGAAGAGGUAUUGUUUAUAUCUGCCUAAUUGUUUAUUCGAGCCAUGAAUUAUUGUAUUAUCUUUUCUAACUUCACUCACUACUUGCUUUGGAGAGGCAGAUAUUAAAUUCAAUUAGACUAUAAUAGGGUGAAACCAUUGACAAUCAGUUUUAAAGAAUGAAUUGAACAAAUAUAAAUCAGUGCAAUAUGGAACAAAUAUAAAGUCCUCAAUCACAUAAUUAUUUUUCAUCACAGCUACUUUUGAAACAAAGCUAUUCUUGGGCUUCUGGGAAAAUGAAAUCUUGGUUAAGAGCAAAACAAGCACAUCGCAUAGUAAGCCUUUCAGCCAUUUGAGUCUGUACCACCAUUGCAUAAGAUCAUGCCUAGUCUGCCCAAACCCCACAGACACAUCUUUUCCCUAAGUCCCUCUGGGGAAAAAAUAGUUUAAGAGCUUCUAGUGGCAUUUAGUGUUACCAGUUGAAAAUUUCAGUGUAGGUUAUUCAUUUGACUUAAUCAUCAAACUUCCAACACUUCGUUUUAUUUUAGACUUCAAGCAUCUCUGUUACUUCACUUGUUGAGAGAAACCUGUUUUGUCUUGGGCAGCCACCACUUUCUGAAAGAGGAUUUUUGAGCAGCUUUUCUUAAUAAAGAAAUAAAUUUAACAAUGUCUGAUACAGGAGAAAAUACUUGAAUAUAUUAACCAAGGGCAACUUGUGUUCUGCAGAACAUUGAACAUAACUUUAUUGCCCCUUAGAUCCAGCUAUGAAAAUAGCAUGUUUUUAAUAUCUUCAUGUAUCUUCAGUAGGUGGCUCUUGCAGAUCUCUGACAACCUUCCACAGAGAAUAUGUUGCUGGCAACUAUGUGAGUGAGGAAGACUUUGAUUUUUCCGAUCUCUAUAAUUUCUUAGAUAACUUUUUGUUAGAUUUGAUCUUUAGUUUAUUUAUUAUUUGCCUGAGUAAAAUGUCUCCUUUCCUCCCUGAGAACUACUACAGUGCCAUGUGUGUUGCAAUCUUAUCUGUGUAACAACCAAGAUUAUCAAUUUUUACUUUUUCUAUGAGGUCACGAUUGGGGAAAAAUAAACUUUUGCUUUUCCUUAACAUUUCAUAUAUCUA